AUGGGGGAGAAAGUUUCGGAGGCGCCUGAGCCGGUGCCCCGCGGCUGCUGCAGUCACGGUGCUCCGACUCCCGCCCCUGCGGUGGCUGCCGAGUCCUCGCCCGGCGCUUCCUCGGCGGAGUCCUCCUCGGGCUCGGAAACUCUGUCGGAGGAAGGGGAGCCUGGCUUCUCCCGCGAGCAGCCGCCGCCGCCGCCGCCGCCGCCGCCGGGUGGAGCUCGGCCGGCCGCUGCGUGGGCUCCCGCGCUCUUGGUGCCGGAGCGCGGAGUCUCAGCGCCGCCGCCGCGCCCGGGAGGAGCCGCGCCACCCGCGCCCCGGGGCAGCAGCGCGUCCCAGGAGGAGCAGGACGAGGAGCUUGAUCACAUAUUAUCCCCUCCGCCCAUGCCAUUUCGGAAAUGCAGCAACCCAGACGUGGCUCCUGGCCCUGGGAAGUCGCUGAAGUUUAAAAGACAGCUGAGUGAGGAUGGAAGACAGCUGCGACGGGGGAGUCUGGGAGGUGCUCUGACUGGCAGGUAUCUCCUUCCAAACCCGGCUGCGGGGCAAGCCUGGGCAACCUCUGCAGAGACGUCCAACCUCGUGCGCAUGCGCAGCCAGGCCCUGGGCCAGUCGGCGCCCUCUCUCACCGCCAGCCUGAAGGAGCUGAGUCUCCCCAGAAGAGGAAGUCUGAUAGAUUCUCAGAAGUGGAAUUGCUUGGUCAAACGUCUGCAUGGUGAAGAGGACUUUUCAUUUCACUGA